AUGGAAGUCACAGCAAGUCAGCUCUUCUGGCGUCUGCUGGCAGAGAAGCUCAACAUCCAGGCAGCAACGGGACCAUCCUCGUUCACCAAGUCCUACAAGGCUAAGGAGGAGGCAUGGGAACGAUUCAAGACGGUGUCAGGGAUGACAGGACGGCUAGCAAGCGACUACUCGCUGACUCCAGAGGCUGCAGAGAGCGACCUCGAUACCAUCGGUCAGGCAGAGAUCUCGCCUCGACUACAUGAUCGUGUGCUGCAUGACCCUGGCGUCGACUUCCUGUUUAGCCCCCAGGCGAAAGGGCUGAAGGACAAGAUCGAGCGAGGGAAGAAGGCCAGGCAGGAGGGCGGGGAUGCGAAGAACUACGGCAGAGGAUUCAUCUGCAAGCAGUUCGAGACUCUUGACCUGAGCCUCCUGACAAUGAAGAAGAUGAAGGUGUCGUACAGCCUGACGGAGCUGGACGAGACGUUUGCGCGAGAGAUGGAGCAGCUGAAGGAGCUGUCAGUGACUGGACAGAAGCUGACAAGAAUUGCUCACCUCCCUCCCUCCCUCGUCUCUCUCAACGCUCACUGCAACUCCAUCAGCUCCUGGCCCAAGUUCCAGGCAUUCAACUUCCGGCACAUAGGACUUGGAGGAAACAUGAUCAACAAUCUGGAGGAGCUGGGCCCGCAUGCGCAGAACAUGCAGUUUCUCACAUCCCUCGACCUCUCCUCCAAUCGUAUCGCAACCAUCAGUCAGCUCCAGCCGCUGCAGCAGCUCACCCGACUGUCCAAGCUCCGGCUGCUGGGAAACCCGAUCGUCCUCCUCCCCAACUACCGGCAGCGGGUCCUGGCGAAGCUUCCUCUUCUCUCCGAGCUGGAUGAUAGCACCGUCCUGGAGAACGAGAGGGAAAACAAGAAUGCGCUGGUCGAGGAGGGGCGGGAGGAAGCGGAGGGGCAGGAGGAAACGGAGGGACAGGAAGCGCUGGAGAGGAAAGAGGACACAGCAAGCAAGCAGCACAAGGAUGCAGAUGACGGGGACACUGACGACAAGUUCAGUCUGGCUCUGACCAUCGGGAGGAUCGAGGGGCUUGAGAAUCCAACACCUUCCCUUCCUGACAAGCCUGAAGGAGGAGGAGAGGAAGGGGAGGAGGCAGAGGUCUCCCCCGAGCAGGUCUUCUACCAGGAGCACCCUCCUAGUUUCUUCGUCGAAAUUCCCUUCCCCUCCUCCCUGCCCCUUCGCACCCGCGAGAUUUUGUGGGAGGAAGGAGAAGGCGACUCCGCGAUGAAUUUUGAGUUCAGCCAGAGGAUCGAGCUAUCCUCCUCCUUCCAAGUCUUGAAUUGGAUGCGCUUUGAGGGCCUCGUGGUGGACCUCUACAUGAAGAAGCAAGUCUACGUGCCCCCGCCACCUCCAAAGGAUGAGGGGGAGGAAGGAGAGCAAGAGCAAGAGGGCAAGGAGGACGAGGAGGGCAGAGAACCUCCCCCCCCGCAGUUUGUCACUAGGAGGAUAGCGACGAGCACGAUUGCGACUGAAGAUCUAGUAACGAAGUCGUCAACGCUCAAGGUGAAGGCGAGCAUGACGAUGACGGACGAACACUUUGACACCAUCAGGCCCAUAGAUGACAAGUGGGGGGACACGGAACGAGCGAUUGCCAACAUGAAAAGAGCUGAGAAGAAGAAGGAGAACAAGGAGAAGGAGAAGAAAAAGGAGAAGGCGAAGGAAGAGCCCAAAGCGUCCUCGGGCCGUCAAGGUGGCCCCAAGAGCGAAGGAGGGGGGGAGCUUACGGGCAAUGCAGGAACGCAGGAGGCUUAUGGGGGAGGCAGGCAGCAUCACCACAACGUUCACAUCGAGUGUCAGCUCGACUUGAAUCCUCCACCUGCCCCACCGCAGGAGGCGGAGGAGUGA